UUAGAUAACAAUUAUUUUCCGGAGGACCCUCGAUCUUAUGACGAUCUUCUGAUGGUUGCCGAUUCUAUUAGAAGCCGAGUUGGUGAAAAAGCCAACGUCGAAGUAGGAAUUAUCUGUGGUUCCGGACUUGGGCCUAUUGGGGAUCAGGUAGAAGACGCGUUUGUUCUACCGUAUGAGAAGAUUCCCGGAUUUCCAUCUGUGAAAGUCGUUGGACACAAAGGCAAUCUGAUAUUCGGACGCAUAGGAGGAAAGAAAGUUGUUUGCAUGCAGGGCCGUUUCCAUCCUUACGAGCACGAAAUGGACUUAGCCCUCUGUGCGUUUCCAGUCAGGGUAAUGCACCAACUUGGUGUCAAGCGACUGGUAGUAUCAAAUGCCGCAGGAGGAGUUAACCCAAACUUCAAAUAUGGGGACCUCAUGCUCAUAAAGGACCACAUAUUUAUGCCAGGUCUCGCUGGUUUUUCUCCACUUGUAGGCUUGAAUGAUGGACGUUUCGGACCACGCUUCGUUUCCGUUCACGAUGCCUACGACAAAAACCUAAGGGCGCUCGCGAAAGAGAUCGCAAAGAAGCAUAACAUUCAACUACAGGAGGGAGUUUACGUGAUGAAUGGAGGUCCACAAUAUGAAUCUCCAGCAGAGGUGGCGAUGUUGAAAAUGGUUGGAGCAGAUGCUUUGGGAAUGUCUACAUGUCACGAGGUCACGGUAGCUCAACAAUGCGGAAUCAAAGUGCUCGGCUUCUCCCUCAUCACUAACAUUGCCAAUACCAACGUCGAUAAUGCAGUAGUCGUUUCACAUGAGGAAGUGCUACAAACGGCAAAAGACGCUGGCGAUCGUGCUUCAAAAUUCGUCAAAGAAAUCAUAGGCCAAUUUCCUUCGGAAUGA